UUGUAUUUGGAUAAUCUUGUACAGGUCACUGCAAUUCGUGAUGAGGCAAUUGAAGUUGAUCCCAGAGGUUCAUUGUAACCCUAGCGAAGAAGAAGGUGUGAAUGGCGAAAAGCCGACUACGGAUUUAGGAAAUGGGAGCCAUGUGGUAUACUUGCCCCGCUUUUUGGCCUACGACAACUCAUGGGAGUAUUUCCAUUAUCUCGAUAAACACAUCCCAUGGACCAGACCCACCAUCCGUGUCUUCGGUAAACCUUUUCUCCAGCCUAGAGAUAUAUGCUACAUUGCAAGUAAAGGAUUGAAGGAACUAAGUUAUAGUGGGUAUAAACCAAAAGCGUAUUCUUGGGAGGAUUUUCCACCUCUGGAGGAGAUUCUGCAUAAGGUACACAAAGCUUUUCCUGGGAGUCAUUUUAACAGCUUACUUUUAAAUAGAUACAAGGGUGGUAAUGACUAUGUCGGUUGGCAUGCUGACGAUGAGAAACUGUAUGGACCCAAUCCAGAAAUUGCUUCAGUCUCCUUUGGAUGUGAACGUGACUUUAUUUUGAAAAAGAAACCUAAUAAGAAAUCUAAAGCUGAGGUUGAGGGAGAGCCUUCCAGCAAGAGAGCAAAGAAGAAUGAUUCCUAUUCUUUUAAGUUGAAGCAUGGGUCAGUACUGGUGAUGAGGGGCAAUACACAACAUGACUGGCUCCAUUCAGUGCCCAAACGAGCAAAAGCAGAGACUGCACGAAUUAAUCUCACAUUCAGGCGAGUUAUGUGAAAGAAAGAGAGAUGUAGAAGUAGAAACAAGAAUGGAUUUCCUUCGGUUACUUGCUGUCUUUCUCUAUUUCUUUCUAGUGUUGUGGGCCGGCUGAUAUCUAUGUUUCAUUUGCUAAAACUAACCCAGUAAAUCCUCUACUGUUGGAUUUGUAUGUGUAUAGGAUUGGGGAAGGAAGCUAUUAUGCUGUUAUUUGAAAGAUUCUCUUUAUUUCCGUAACAGCUCCCAAAAACUCAAAACAAAAGCUUUGAUUUGGAGUGUUUGUUUGUGUAAUGCAGCGAGAUGUAUCUCGAUUUUAAUGUUU